AUGAAUGAGUUUAAGAAGUUAUUUCCUAAUAAAGAAGCUUUUGUUAUAUUUUCAUUGUAUAUAAUUUUAUUUGUAUUUCAAGGAGUCUUUGUUACCGCAUCAAAAACUGAAAAUGGUGGAUAUGACUACAACACUACACUUGUUGUAUUUCUAUCAGAAUUAUUAAAGUUAUUCAUAUCAGCAACCCUUUACACCUAUAAAAGAGAAAAUAAGCCUCACCUUUUUAAAGCGAUUGCUAUCAAUUACAAUCUGCUCCUAUUGUACUUCAUUCCGUCCUUGUUAUAUUGUUUUUACAAUAACUUGGCAUUUAUUAAUUUGUCUCAUUAUGAUCCCACUUCAUAUUACAUACUCCUACAAUUCAGAGUUGUACUUACAGCUUUUUUAUUUCAGUUCUUAUUCAGCAAGAAAUUGACAAAUAUGCAAUGGGUUUCGUUAUGCAUUUUAACAUUGGGAUGUAUGAUCAAAAACUUUGAUGCUGCAUCAAUACAAUCUAAAGGUGAUACAGAUCUGUGGUCUCAAAUCUUUAAUAUUUAUUUUUUAUCUAUAAAUUUUCAGAAUUUUUGUUCCUGUCUUGCUGGUACUUACAAUGAAUAUUUGUUGAAAACAAAAGGUUUAAAUGUCGAUAUAUUCUUGCAAAAUGUGUUUAUGUAUCUUGAUUCUGUAAUCUGUAAUUUUUUAAUUUUAUUUUACAAAGGUGAAGUAAAUACCAUAUUUAAUGAUAUGCAGUCACUAGAAGAUAUAAUAGUAAUACUUAUUAUAGUAAAUAGUGCCAUUGUUGGUAUUGUAACUAGCUUUUUCCUAAAGAAUCUGAACUCUAUUUUAAAGACAUAUGCUAGUGCUCUAGAAUUAAUAAUAACUGCUGUAGUGUGUUAUAUUUUAUUUAAUAUUUUGAUUACAGGAUUUACAAUUUUGUCAAUAUGUUUGGUUAGUAUUGCCGUAGCAAUGUAUUUCAAGAACCCUGUAAAUAAUAAUACCGUAAAUAAUGAUAAAGACAAAAAACCACUCUUAGAAAUUGUAACAGAAUAG